AAUCGAACUGCAAAAAUAAAAUAAAAAAGCAAAAUUUACAAAGAAAAUAUAGUAACACACAAACAUUGAUGAUUUUUCUCAUAUGUAUAACCACAACUUACAAUUAGUAAUGCAACGAGGGAAAAAAAGGAAAAUAAAUAAAUAAAUUUAAAUGUUGGAAAAUACGAAAGAAGUGUAAAGAUAAAAUUCAUCGUAGCCAGACGACCUUCCGGGCUGAGAGCAACAAACAAAUCUAAGGAGAACUGAAGUUAUAAAAAUAAUUUGAUAUAGCAGUUGAAGACCAAAUAAAAGUAAAGAAAAAAACAAAGUGGUGCUGAAAAAAGCAUAUAUAAAGCAAACUGCAUCCGAAGAUGCUGCCAAGACAGCAAACCGCACAGCCACCACAGCAUAUGCAAUGUAAUAACUUGGACUUUCGCAAACGCCAAAUUGAUACGCUCAAAGUAUUUAAUGAUAAUGUUGUCGAAGUGGCAGAGCAGGAGGAAUAUUGCAUACAUUUCGAAUCUAGUGGACGCACAUUGUUGCUCACAGUAAAACUGAGUGUAAAUUUCCCUAAUGAGCGACCAAAAAUAGUUAUAUCACCAACUGUGCAACAUCAUUGGGUUAAUGCGGCAACGGGUGAAGUGGAAACGGCGCCUGGAUUACUCAACUAUUCUCAACAUUCGGAUCUUGGUCGCGUUGUGCAAGCUAUAAUACGUGAAUACGAACGUUUUCCGCCGCCUUUUGCUAAUAUUGGUAGUCCCAUAACCAUACCAACCCGUGUGACAAACAUAAAUAAUGCCACAGCUACGCCAACAUCUUAUGCGGCAAAAUCAUUGGACAGCAGCAAUGAGAAUUCACCAUUGGACUCCUCAAAGUCAUCGAAAAUGAACGAAAGUAGUCUACCAAACUUGUCCACAUUAUCAUUGGACGAACUCAAGCAAUUGGAUAGUGAUCCGCAAUUUUUCGAUGAUUUUAUUGAAGAAAUGUCUGUAGUGCAGCAUUUAAACGAAGAACUCGAUUCGAUGAUCAGUCAAGUGGAGAUAAUAUCACGUGAAAAUGAAUCUAAAGAAACACAUUUAGUUGAACUAAAACGUAAAUUGAGUGAUGAUGUCACUGCGCUCAAAAAUCUUGGCGAAAAAUGUGAUCAACUGAAUAAAAAGUACUUAAAGAAAUCAGAGGAAUAUGCGCCGCAACACAUACGCGAACUGCUGCAAAUUGCCGCUUCGAAUGCUGAUAGUGAAUGCGAACGUCAUGUAGAGCAAUUCCUGAAUGGUAAAAUCGAUGUACAAACCUUUUUAAAUAAUUACACACAUUCAAAGAAAAUUAGUGCUGAACGUAAGGCCAAAGAAGAACGUUUAGGUCAUCAGCUAACCGCAUUGGAGCGUGCCGGCGUUUAAGCAAACAUCGAUCAUUAGCAUUUGAAUAUAUACUUGCCGGCAAGUGUUUUAGCUAUCCCUAUGCAUGUACGAGUAGUUAUUGUAGUUUAAAUAAGCAAAAGAAUCUUGGUAAAAAAGAAAAAUUAAAGCUAAUUUUGCGAAACUCGAAAGUAUACACAGUACAAGUGUUACCAGCUAUAAAUACCGGCUUGGUUCUCUAUGCAUUGAAGUGUAGUUAGCAAAUAUCACUUGCAACCAGCUUUGUAAAUUAAAUAGCAAAACGCCAGAACGCCUGGUGUGUCUAUUUAAUGUAAUAAACAAGCAACAAAAAAUCCAAAAAAAAAA